UCAUAUACCUUGUCAAUAAUAUAUCAGGUAGUCAAACCAUUGAGAAUUGAUAUAGUUAUUUAUUCUCAAUGGUAAAACGUCUGCAGACGAUGCACGUGCUUCUACGGACUGUAAAUUGUGAUUUUAUAUCAUCGAUUAUUUAAUCCAAAUUAUUCAAAUGAUCUUGAAACCAUUUGAAAUUGAGAUGCAAACGAGAUGUAUGUGCCUCGUAAAAACAGUGCUUCAGCUCACCACUCGAUAUAGGUAAUUUUAUACAAUUAUUGCAUGUUUAUAGAAAUUAAUUGAAUCAUGAGAAAUUAUUUUACUCGAAGAAUGCAUUCGAGGUGUCGAGGUAAGAUGAGAAGAAGGUAAUAACAUGCAAAUAAUAACGCCGCAGAAGGUGAUCAAAAUUCAAAUUGAAUUUCUGAUCGACCUUCGACUGGGCUAGAUUUUAGUCGACUCUCGACGUCGGAUUCGAUUGAGAUAUCCGAGAGUCGACCUUGGAAUCACGCACAACCAGAGGACAUGUUUGUUUUUGGUGGGUGUGUGGUGUAGUGAAAAUGUCAAUAACUUUGUGAUUAUCAGUUAUUAAAGUCGAAUGCAAUGGACCUAGAGCUUCUGGGCCCAUGUAUAAAUGUAUCGUCGAGUAGAGGCGAGCGUUUGUCGUGAUCCUGGCUCCAUAAAUGUAUAAAAUUAAUGAGGAUUAAAUAGUUAAAUGCGUUUGUUACACAAGGUCCUAGUUAAUCUGACAGUUCUUGCUGUGUUUCUGAUCCUCUUUUACUGCUUCCAAACGCCCACUUUGUCCAUUACGUCAAACUUUUACCGUAACGAUGCCAGAAACGAUACUAAAACAAAGAUUAUUUCAACCUCCAUAAACGCGCAGCGGUUCAUUGAACUGCCUGAACUUAAUAAUGGAACUAGCUCAGAUGUGGAGUAUCAUAAUAUUUGGUGCAUAUUCACCAAAGUCACAUCUAAUUCACCGAUGAAAAGGAAAUUUAAAAUAUUUACCGCAUCUCUUCUGAGAUUAGCCUCGGUUAAAAUUGCUUUCCAUGUAAUCACCGAUGACUCUAGCAGAGAAAUUGCUGAGACUCUUAUACAGGGAGUUGUUAAAGCAAGUGGCAAAUACAUGAAAGUCAGAUUCUAUGAUGUCCAUGUACUUGCCAAGCAACUCGAAGACAUCGUUUCAGUGAUGUCUCCACACUUCAGUAGCAACCCUGGGACUUACUAUUCAGAUGCUUUAUUUUUCCUGUCUCUUGGUCUGCAUAGGAUAGCACCAGCAAACCAAAAAAAAGCUGCGAUGUUUGAUGCUGAUACAAAAUUCAAGACCGAUAUUAAAGAACUUUUUAAAGAGUUUGACAAAUUUGGUGCCGAGGCUCUGUUUGGUUUAGCACCUGAACUAACUCCAGUAUACCGGCAUGUCCUUUAUGUAUAUAGAAGCAAAAAUCCUGCUACCCAUUACGGGGAGCCGGCAUAUUUGGGUGGAUUUCCAGGGUUUAACAGUGGUGUGGUGCUUUUCAAUUUUGAACGACUUAGAGAAUCUCCAGAAUAUGACAGUAUACUCAGCAAGGACAACGUUGAUCAUGUAACUGAAAAAUAUUACUUCAAGGGACAUUUGGGUGAUCAGGAUUUCUAUACAAUCCUUGGUAUGGAGAGACCUGAAUUAAUCCAUAAGGUAGACUGCGGUUGGAAUCGUCAAUUAUGUACAUGGUGGGGAGAACAUGGGUAUGCCGAUGUGUUUGCUAACUACUCGCGGUGCGAUUCAGACGUAAAACUUUGGCAUGGAAAUUGCAACACGCCGAUUCCUGAUUAUUAAAUGAUUCCAAGAUUGAUAGAAAUUCACACAGAAGUAUUCAAUGAUCUGAACUUGCUUGAAUAUUUUUAUGGCCGAAAACGGGGUCAGUAAAAAAUGCAAUAUCAAUUCUAUAUCUUGUAGAUAUGCUCACAUCAAGUCUGUCAAUCAAAAUGCUAACCAAUGAUUUGACGAUGAAUUCAACCAUCUUACUUAUAGGAUAUAAAACAGUAAUUAUUGUACAAAAUUAUAACUAACAAGAAUAGGAGAAUAGUUUAAUUUUGUAAAAAUAAAAGAGUAAUUAAAGAUAAGAUUUAUACAUGA